AUGGGAGCGGAGGCUGAAAAGUAUCUCAAGGAUCAUCUGAUCCCACAGCUGUUUGAGGUAAACGAUGAUUUUUGUGCUUAUAAUAAUUUAAAAAGUGAUUUUUCUUUUUGCGAAGGUCAGAAUAAGCCUAUAUUCUAAUCUAGGGAUUGAUGACCGGCCUGAUAUAUAACAAGCCCGAACGACCAGUCGAUUUCCUCGAGAAUGCCCUCACCAAAAUCAAAAACAACCCGCACCUGGUAGUGAGAUGGGACACGUUCGUGGACGCGGCCAACCUCCCAGCCAAAACCACCUUUACUGAAACAGCCAAGGACGAGGAAGGUGGGUUAUAAUGAGGACUGAGCCUUUAAAAAGAAACUUAGUUCCGGUCCCACCUUUCAAAAUAGACACGGGCUCGAUGUAAAGUAUAAGUUUCAUGUUGGUUUGGGGCAUAACACAGUUGUAAAGUAUUAGUUUGAUGUCGCGGAGAUCGAAUGCGAUUGACUAUGCUAGGAAGGGGAGUGUGGGGAACUGCUUGACUAGGCUACAGGUCCCGUCCAAUAAACAGAGUAAAAGUAAGGUUUACCUUGUACUUUUAAUAGAAAAGUUGUGACUUUAUCUUGUUGCGCUUUUUUACUAUGUAAUUCAUGUACCGUACUAUUAUUUUUAAGGGCAGGAAAGCAUUGCUUUUAGCUGAAGUCUUACUCCGAUUACAAAUUGUAGUAUUCCAAAAAGCAUUUAUACAGAAUUAUGGGAUUAUCUAGUACUAGGAAACCCCUCAACGUCUGUAAAGUAAAAAAAUAUACAGCUAUAUAAAUUUUAGAAAAGAAACCAAAGAAGAAGAAAGAGCCAGAAGAUGAAGAUCAGUCGCCGAUGGAAGAAGAACCUGACAAACAUCGCAAAAAGUCGAACGCCAGGUACAGUACGACGUCGUUGUUAAGUGUGAAUCACCAUACAAAAGAGUCGCGACGUCCGAGUCGAGCGCCGAGUCUGAAGCCGCUGGCAUCGUCGCGGAAGUCGUCGAAAUCGCCCAAGUCGUCCAAGUCCUCGAAGAAGUCGAAGAAGGGCAAGAAGAAGCCGAAGAAGGCGGUUGCCAAGGAUACGGUGUCCGACGCGUCGGAGGCGCCACCGGAUGUUCAGGAAUCGGAGCCGACCUCUGAAUCCGACGUCUCCGAGCUGGCCUCGGAUGCGUCUUCGGCGGCGGACUAG